AAGGUAGUAGCAACAACAGCAGCAACAUAAUUUGGCGAACAACAAAUCGUUGUGACAGCUAUAUUGAGUGCCAGCUGCUGAAGUUGAGUGUAAGAAGUGCAAGACGAAGAGCCGUGCGGCAAGUAGGGACACCAGAGACAGGAACAUGGCAAUAAUGAAACACAAAAACACGCCAGAGCAAAGUGGCGCAACAACAAAGCAAAAACAAUGGCAGUCGACUCAGAACGGGCAGUAGGCGACAAAAGCGCGCAGCACCGACGACAAACCCAACAAUUGCGAUGCACUGCAGCAGCGGCAGCAGUAGCAACACUAACAGCGAUUGUUGUGCGGAACGAAACAACGAAUGGCGCGACGCCGCGAAUGGCGAGCAGCAUUCGGCUAUAACUAACGGUGCAUACUGUUUGUGCCACGACGAGCACAACGACAACGACAACACGAAACGUAUUCAGGCUGCUCAGCGCAGUGAAGGCAUGGCAAAUAACGGCCAACGCUAAUACGAGUACACAAACAGCCAGUCAAGGAGCCAACAGGCCAACCUUAACGCAGCCAGCGUUUCAGAGACGCGUUUAGUAGACAAACAGGCGAUUCCUGCUAAGAACAUACGACGAGUCCUCGCUCGUCGCUGCUAACGUUAAGAAGGACAAUUUCACUAGAGAGCCUUUUUCAAAAGUGCAGUGAAAAAAUUUCCAAAAUUGCAGGAAAAGCAAAAAUGAAAACAAAUUUAAAAAACUGAACGGUAAAAACUAUUAGAAAUCAGUGCAGCGAAAGUGAAUAGCGAGAAGGUAACACAAGUCUCUGUCCUUAAUGACCAGAACUCUCUAAGUGCUUUGGACACAAACAUUCUAACGAAAAGUGAUAGGAAAAAUAUUAAAAAAAAGUGAAAAAAAUAUACCAGCAACUAGAAAACUCCACCAGAACUCCACUCAACUUUGAACCAAACGAAGGAGUUCCAGGUAUAAUUUUCAGUCGUUUCAAACACAAAAAAGUAGAGAAGCGAAAAAAUCUGCAACUCUGCGCUGUCAUCAUAAACAGGAAGUUUCAGCGAGCAACUCAUUUUGCAGCUGAUAAGUGCGCAACAAAAACAAAGUGAAAAAUAACAGCAAAGUAGAAGCAAAAUAAAAGAGUAAUUCAUAAAAAAUAAGAAGAAAGCCAAGCUAAAAGUGAGUUCGACACUUCACAGCAACUAACUACAGUGCACAGGAGACGGACAAGACGGCCAGACCAGGCGCAAGGCAGCCUCAUACUCGUUGAGUCUCAAGCAUCGCACAAGCAACUUGACAGACAGUCAUUCAGCAUAGACAAACAGUUCGACAAACAGACAAGCGGCCAAAGUCGAAGCAACAGAAAAGGAGGUAAACUUGCUGCAUCCCAAAGUGUGAACGCCUAACAAGGCUAAGAUAAACACAAAGAAAGGACACAGCAAAGUAAGGCAGGAAGACUGAGUAGAACGAGCAGGCGUAGCUAAUAGCGAGGCGGUGGCGAAAAGUUGUCUGUGAACAGCAGGCGCCAGGUGAAAGAAGAAGGUGAAGCAUACGCAACACACAUACAUAUCCAAACGCGUGUGUGUGUGUGUACCCACAAACACAUUCCCCAGGGACAGACACGUAAAGCUAACAAAACAGAGUAAAAGAAAAUAUAAAACACAAGGCUAAAAAUAGCCUACCAGCCAGCCAGUCAACCAGGCAGUCGACCGACACAAAAGCAUAGGUUGGUGUAUACAAGUGGGCGCGGCAAGUGUGUAAGGCACACGGUGGCAGGGCAUGGUAGUUUUAGUGGCAGCAAAACAAAGCCGAAACUAAAUUGGCGGAAAGCAAAUAUAAGCCAAGAGACUUUAGUGCGCAGCUUUACUUUAUUGUUUUGUUUCUGUCUCAGCUAUUUUACCAAAACUAAAGCGCUGAAACGAAGUAGAAGGAAAUAAGCAGAAAACAAGACCAAAUAAGGAAGCAUAAAAUAAAUAGUGAAGUAGUGAGUGCGUGUGUGUGUGUGUGAGACGGAGAAGUUAAAAAAAUUAUAGUAAAGUGUACCAACCAAGAAAGCGCAAAGAAAAAUAGAAAAAGAAAACUAAACGACAGACGUGCAUACAUUUCAGGUGCUAAAAAGUUUACCUCCACGCCACCCUAUUACACAGAAAGAAAGAAAGGAAAAAAAGUAAAAAAAAAACGGUGUAAGAGAUAGAGAAAUAACAAGAACGUCCGAAAACGACCAGUGUGUCCGAAAAUAGCAAGCACAUACUGUGUGCGAGCUAAUAAAAAAUAAGUUAUCCCUUCGGAGAAGUAGUACGAAACGUGCAAGUGAAAAGUGUACUACCACUACAGGUGAAACCCAAACGAACUGAGGUCAAAAGCCGUCAAUAAGCUGCUAAGCGACGUGACGCUUCCAAAAGACAAAACCUAAUGAAAAAGGAUCUCCAGGGAGGUUUGUACAGUACAAUACAAUACCAGCAAUCAACAGUUGCAUGAAACACUUCGGUGUGUUGCACAAAUUGUGGUGAAAGUAAAUAAGUAAGUAAGAGGCUUAAAAAUAAAUCUGUACGUCGUGAGAAGUGCGUGCCGCUUAGCGCUCAUAUACACGCGCAUACAUACAAAGCGCCAAUACAACAUAACCAAAGUGAAAGACAGACAGCAAGAAUAAGCUUUUAAGCAAAUGCUAAAAUUAGAAGAGACCAAAACAAAGUAAGAAGUUGAGUGCGAAACGAAACAAUACGGGCGGUGAAAAGUAGUUGGAAGAACACUUCGUGAAAAAAGAAAGGUGCAGAAGUGGUAGCGCAAACAACCAGAAAAAAAAUUGAGAAGCGACUAAAAUUAAGAAAAAGUGUGCGCAAAAGCUUUCAUAAGGCUGAAUAGUUCCUCAAAAAACAAAAAAAAAACUAUAUAUAUUUAUAUAUACCAACACUAAAGCAGAGCUGCAAGCACCUUUCUAAGGACAAACCAAAAAAUAGAGCAAAAAAUAAAAAAUAACUUUUGCGCAACUGAGCCGCUGAGCAAACGCCGCAGACCGCAGUUCUUUGCAGACGCAGUCAAAAAUUAUUACACAGAGUUCCUCGAAAGAUGCAAGCAAGCCAGUAGGGAAAGUGCUGGAGCCACGCGGACAAGACGCAGCAAUUCUAGUGCCACUCAGGUCAUAACAAGCCACAAAUCGACGCUUCGGGCACGGGCAUACAAGCACACCUACAGGCAUACACGCGCGAGCCGAUAAAGUAAAGUCGUAGAGUUGCAAAGGCGAACCGGCCAACGCAUUGAUUAUCGAUUUUGUCUCCGCUGACAUAUAACAAGAUUGGCGCGGUCUGGAAGAACGUAAACGACUAGCGAACGACAAAAAAAGACACGAAAAGAAAACAUAGAAAAAGGAAAUAGUUACAGACAGCGCAACAGACAGACGGAAGACUAAAGUCUAGUUGUGCGAGCCAAGUGAGCAGGCGUGUGCUAGCGAGCCAACCAGAAACGUACGUCGCAGUUGCCGGUGUUGGUAAUGAAACCCGCGGCAAACUAGGGGCAACUAAGGCAAGCCACCUCAACGGGCGUAUCAACUAAGCAGGCAGCCAACGAAUCAACCAACCCAUACACAAACAAACAAGCAAACAACUAAAAUAUUAUUGUAAUCGCUUGGAUUACAGUAACAACGACUGAACGCUCGACUGGCGCGCCACAAAACGAACGACAAUUGAAGUCUGUGAAAUUGCCAUUUCAACGGCGUAUUUAUCGUUGGCAGCCAAGUACUGAUGAAAGAAGGAACUAACAAAUAAUACGAACAGAAAAAAGUGUACAGAAAAAGUGGUGAAAAGAGUAAAAAGAAGUAGAGGCAAAAAUAAGAAAUCAACUAACGUAACAGCGAGCGGAAAUAGUUGAAUAUAAAACCCGCGAAAAGCUAUUGAAAGCACAAAAAUCAACGACCAACAACCAACGAGACAGCCAUAUAACGAAGUGGAAAGCAAAAAUCCCAGCGGAAACGUACUUUUGGCAAAAUAUCAAAAACGUCCCGUCGAAAAACAGGGAUUACGUGAAAAACUUCAGCAAACAAACAAACAAACGCGCAGCACUAAAACGUUAGCCAUAAGGCAGCAAUCAACAAUCAACAAUUUGGAAACGCAUCGAAAAAAGUUGGUGAAUAGGCGCCAACAUUGCCAAGAAAUUCACGCCGCGAUAACAAAACUUGUUUGUCGAAAGUUGUGUGCCUGUUUACCGUGAGCCAUUUCGGGUACAGUUGACAGCUAAAAGGAGCUGCAAAGCUCUAAAACCAGCAAGGAGAGACGAGUAAAAUCAACGGUGCGGUGGGAGAUAAGUGCAUGCAAAAUCGUCUCGCAAAUAACGUUGCAACACAACACAAACUACUUUGAGACUGUGAGAGAAUGAAGACUUUUGUGUGCAAGCGAAUUGCUGCUUAGACUUAAGCGUGUGACCCGAGACCUAGUACCCAAAAGCCAAACAGCCAAACGCGUUAGUUGAAACCUGCUAGAGAUCCCCGUAGAAAUCGUUGAAACCCAAUCAACCAAUAAACCAAACCAAAAGAAAAACAAACACAAAAAAAAAAAAGACGAUUUGGCACCACGAAUCCAAUACGUUUCUCGAAAAUUAGUUCUACCCCAGUCAAGUAGUUACGAAAAAUCUCCAAACAUAGCACGUCUACUUGAGCGUUUGCGUCGCAUCAACAAAAAGAAAAUGUUCUACUCGCUCGUGCAGACCAUCGUGUGUGUGCUGCUCAUACAGGGUGGCCUUUAUGCGCUGCACUUGAAUGGCCCCAGUGGCGGCAGCAGCAGCAUCAGCAGCAGCGGCAAUGGCGCGGGUGUUGCUAAUAGCAUUGGUGGUGUUGGAGUGAAUGCCCCAACAAACCUCGGCGGUAGCGGCGCCGCACAGCUCAAUACCGCCGCGAAUACCAAUCAAAUGCUCAAUAUACUCUCCGCAUCCCAGUACGCGCAACAUCUACAUGCCGGCGGCAGCGGCAGCGGUAGUGGCAGCGGUGGCGGAGGUGGUGGUGUUGGCCUUAGCGGCAGUGGCACUGGCAGUGGCAGUCUCUCGCAUGCGUUUAGCAAAUCCGCCGUCGCGCCUUUAGACAACGCUGGCCGUUUGACGCAGGAGUUGGCCGAUAUGGCGCAGCACGAGCGCGAGCGACUGAUGUUGCUCGGUGUGGCAAAGCAGAACGCAGUAGCCCAUGCGGGCACUGGACAUCACGGACGUCCUUUUAUUACCGGACGCAUACAAAUGAGUCCCGUCGAGGAUGUGGAGAGCGACUAUCCGUCGCUGCUGCUGCAACAGCCACGUGGCCCCAUGUACGGUAGCGUCGUGAAGCAGCCAGCGGUGGUCGAGGACGAGUAUGCAGAUGAGGAGGGCGCAUAUGAGAGCGACCGUUUGAAUUAUGACGCGCGCGGACGUCCAGAGCAUUAUGAGUAUGGGCGCAUAGUGCAACCGUCCGAUCGUGAAGAGUAUGGGCAGUUGCAGCGCGCCGAUGAGUUGGAUGAGCUGGUCGAGGCUGAGCCAGAGAUUGACGAUAUGCUUACCGAUUUGGAUAGUUACCAGUAUUUGGAUGAGUUGUUGCCGUUGGAGCAUCGCAGCGUGUGGGGUGAUGAGCCGUUAGCUUAUGGCGUCGCCGGCGGCAAUACCAGGCCACAUCACUUGAACGAUGGUUUCCCGCUGCUGUUGAACCCAUACCGCACGCUUGAGGAGCUCGAGGAGAGUCCACCGCACACGCUACAGGAGCUAUUCGAAAAGGAACAGCAUAGUGGCGGUGCGAAAGAGCAUCGCGCGCAAGUGCAGCAGCAGGCAAAUGAACAGCAGCAGCACCAACAACAUCAUCAGACGCUGCAGCAGCAGCAGCAGCAGCAACAACACAUAUUCAACGGCGGCAUUAAGCAUCGCAAUGGCGGCUAUGGUGCUGCUCCUAGCGGUAGCGCUGCUGGCUAUAAUACACAUCUGCAGCAAAAGUGGCAGCGUAAACGCUCACAACAACAACAACAUCAGCGUCAAUUGCAACAAUGGCAACGCAACAUUUUCGGUCAGCAGUUACACCAUUUUGGCGCGCAAAACCAACGCCACAGCAAACUAUCGCUGGCCAAUUCGGAAGCCACCGCCACAAAGCAUACUCAACCAAAUAGUAGCAACAACAACAAAUUGCCAAGCGCUCUAAUCGCAAUGGCACCGCAGCAACAAAGUUCCUCCACAUCACUGCUGUCCCCCAAUGGAGCGGUAAUUAAAAGUGAACAGCAGCAGCAGCAACAACAGCAAGACCAGAAACAACAGUCAAAACAGCAGCAAGCCGCCACGCCAAAUGCUGACGAUGUUGCUAGUUCAACGGGCGCUUUGGCCAAAGCUGCUGCAAAAUUGAAAGCACAGCAACAGCACAAACAACUGCAGACGCCGACACAGAAGCAAGAGUCUUUCUUGCAUCCCAAUCACAAGCGCUCCGGCAGUGGCAACAGCAAGUCCGCUACAGCUGCAGCGGCGGCGAAUAACGGCUACUCGUCCAUCGCGAGUCAGCUGAUGCUGCGCACGGCGCGAGGGCAGCGGCAGUAUGAUGUGCCACAAAUAGGUAAGUGCAAGCAUUAAAUAACUACUUCACAUAAAAUAACAACCCUGCACUACACCGACAAGUAAGUGUGUCCAUUUAAAAAGCAAAAAAAAAAAACAGAAAAAAAAUAAGUUGGAAAAUUGAGUACCCUCAGAAAAAUAAUAUAUUUCUGCGUCAUAAAAAAACAACUGAAAAGUGAAAACAAAUUUUAAAGCUGCGAACUUUGGCCGAGCAGCUCUUAAACCCUGCUUCAGCGUCAACCUGCUAUUCAUACUUUUGCCGGGCUAAGUGCAUUCAUCGUUUAAAGUUGUCAAAAUUUAUGAUUUUCCACUUUACUUUCAGUCCACUCUUUCGCUGUUGCACGUGCAACAAAUUUUCUUGUCUGCCUUAGCACUUUUGCGUGACCUCAGCUGCUUCUACAGACAUUGCCACUAGACCGCCGACUAGCUGACCGGUUGGUUGGUUGGUUGAUUGGUUGGUUGGGCGUUGAAAGCAGGAAAUGGCUUCAAGUGAGAUUAUUUUAUCAGCGUAGAUGAUUAUUCGUGAUUUUGUUGAGUUGUGUUGCUUCGUUGUGUACCCAUACAUGCAUAUGUGGUACGUGCGUGUGUAUGUAUUUGCAUAUGUAUAUGCAUAUGCGUGCUUCUACCACUAUUUGUGUAGGUAAAUAUAAUAUAUAAUUGUGUGAAAGCUAUUGUGCGCCGCUCGCUUGUUGGCCUAUCACGGCCAACGUGGAACCAAUCGCAUUAAAAUGAUACGAUUACAAGUAUUCCGCUGUCACAAACCCGUUUACCGUGGCUCUGUCUAUUACAGUAUUUUUUUUUUUUUUCUUCCCCAACUCUUUUUAUAGGUCGCCACUGCAGCCGUUUGAUUUCUGAUUUCCAGUUAAACCGAAACAGAGGAAGUCGUUUCAUCGAUAUACCAACAAAUUUGCGUGAGAAGAAUUUUGUUUGUUUUUAAUUCAAGUGAAUGGGCGUUUAUUUAUCUGCGGCGAUUGCAUUUCCAUUAAAUUUCACUUCAUUUCACUUAAAGCUUUUUCCGGGUAUUUCAAGCUAUUUCGAGGCAUUUCAGUUAAUUCGCGCGCGAUUCAGUACGAGUGCAUUAAUUGUUGCAGCAGCUUUUGAAUGCCUAUAGCUUCUUGACUUUUUGAACACAUCUCGGCGAGAAAUAUGUGUGUGCUGCUGCAGGCACUCGAAAAAAUAGCACCAUAAAUUGGCAACAAAAGCAAAGUGCCGAAAACACCGAGGCACACACACAUGCGUACGCUCGAUGAAGUUUCAUUGCAUGCCGUUUUUUCUUUGCUACGUGUGUGUGUAUUGAAGUGCGUGGGCGCACACGCUUCGAAAUGCCAGCGGAUAUAGCGCCAGCGCAAUAAUAGCAACUCUAUGUUGGGUGUGGUUUUUGCUCGUGCUACACUUUUCAACUUCUAAAAAAGUUUCAUGUUUUCCUUUCAAUCUUGCGUUUUCUUUUUUUGGAAUUUUCGUUCUGCAACAUAGCACAAUAUUACGCUCGCAUACUGCGCUGCCUUAACUUUUUUUUAACUUCCAUGAUUUUCGCUACUACAUAUUUUUGUUUUUACGUCUACAAAUUUACAAUGUUUUAAGUUAAGCAACAUUUACCUCUCUUUGCAUUUACCUACCGCUGGUGCUUUUUCUUUUAUAUAUUUCUGUUUUUCUUUUUCGUAGUCAACAUUUGCUUGCCAACCGCAGCAUAUAAAUUUGCUUUUGCAUCUGAUUGCAUUCACCAGCAGCAUCCAACGGCAAUAACAGCUGCGGCUGCUGUCCCACUUACAUAUUUAUGUAUGUGGGUGCGUGGGUGCGUGGAUGUUGUUGAAAUUCGUUUUGAUAACGAUUUUAAUUUGCAUGUGAAAUGUGAAAAUGUGUUAAGCUGAUUUAUGGCAUGAGCUCGCUUAUUAAUUGUGCCAAUAUUUUAAUUGCGCGCUUCGAGUAGCUAUUGGCAUUUUUCGUACACUCAGUUGAAGUGAACUUAUGGCACACUUGAGGUUCUGUUCAAAUAAUUAAAAGUUUUAAUUGAAAUUGUUGCCUCUGAUUUUAUGUUGAUCUUAAAGUUAAUUGGGUUUGGCACAGGAUUGGAUUUAUUCUUAUUAAAUUUUUAAUUUGCGAAGUUUAUUUAUUAGUUUUCAAUACAUAAGCGUUGUUUUUUUCUGCUGCAUCUUUAAACUUGUUGAGGAUCUCACUACCAUGCACUAUGGGCUAGACGACCAUCAAAAUUGGCGAAAAUGUUGCGAUUUUAGUGAAAAUUCAUAUGGCUGCAAUUUUGCGAUCGCUGUUUGCAAAACUGAGGUUAAUUCUUCUAAUUUCAAAAAAGCCGUGACGACUGUACCACUUAGAACUUCAAACAGACCACAAGACUGCUUAUGAAUAUGAAAUUGUGUCAAAAAUUUCUGAUUCCGAAUAUCAAUUAGAUUACGAAUUAAAUGAUUUUAAGUUUACUGACAUAGAAGACGAAGUAUCAAAUGGCUACAAAAAUAUAAAAAUAAAAAUUAAGGAAAUUCUUUUAAUGAAAAAAAAAAUCUAACUCCAAGGGCAUUUAUUCUGCCCAUUCCGAAGAGCAAUCGAAUUAUGAAUUAAACCAUUUUGUGUUUACUGACAUAGAGAACGAAAUAUUAAAUGUCUACAAAACCAUAAAAAUCAAAACCAUAACAAGAAACUAAACAAAAAAAUUAUAAAAAAAUAUUAAAAAUUAGUUAUAAAAGUAAGCUAAUGUUUUAAGGACGAAAAAAUCUACAAAAACAUAAAAAAAAACUUUUUUAUUUUUUAACAAAAACAAAAAUAAAAAAAAACAGAUAUUAAAAAAAUAACUAUUAAAAGAGAGUUAAUAAGAAAAAGUUAAAAAAAAAUAACUAAUUAUUAAAAGUAAGUUAAUUUUUUAAAAGACAAAAUAUGCACUACCAGUGCAGCGGAUGGUUUUUAAAAAGAAUGAUCUGACUUUAUUAUUUAAAACUUCUUUCAGGGAUGCUUUUAAGGUCGCUGAUUACGAAAAUGAAGUUAAUACCAACAAAUUCUGAUUGGAAGGAAAAUUAUUCUUCCAACACCCAAAGCCAAUCAGAUUAUGAAUUAAAUGAUUGCCAGCUAACCGAGAUCUGCAAUACUGAAAAAAAAAUAAAAAAAACAACCAAAAAAAAUCAAUAGAAAAAAAAUUACAAAAAAAUUAAAAGAAAAAAAAUUCAAAUUUCAAAAAAAUUUAAAAAAAAAUUUAACAAAUAUGCUUCAAAUUCUCAGAAGGAAUCAGGUAUUGAAUUAAAUAUUUUGAGCUUACCGAGAUAGAGUUCGAAAUAUA